GGAGGAGCACAUCACCUGCAAGAGCAUGACUCCCAUGUGGCUCUUCCUCUUCCUGCUGUCAGCUCCCAGAUGUGUCCUGUCCCAGGUGCAGCUGCAGCAGUGGGGCACGGAACUGGUGAAGCCCUCAGAGACCCUCUCCCUCACCUGCGCUGUCUCUGGUCACUCCAUCACCAGUGCUUCCUGCUGGCAUUGGAUCCGCCAGGCCCAGGGAAAGGGGCUGGAGUGGAUGGGGCGCAUAUGUAGUGAUGGGAGCACUAACUACAACCCCUCCCUCAAGAGUCGAACCUCCAUCUCCAGAGACACUUCCAAGAACCAGUUCUCCCUUCAGCUGAGCUCCGUGACCACCGAGGACACAGCCAUGUAUUACGGUGCAAGAGACACAGUGAGGGGAAGUCAGUGU